UUCAUUCUUGACUCCUUUAUAUAUAGAUGUCAUUGAAGAACUACAAACAUAUCAAUGGAGAGUGCAAUGUAAGACAUCAAGACGCACCAUAGAAAAGACAUAGGGUUUUAGUCUUGUUGUUCAAACUUCAAAGUGUAACGACUAAUUAAGUUCUAUUGCAUUCAACAUCUAUUUUGGAAUUAUGUCCCCUUUUGUUAUCAUUUUGAUAAAUUUAGUUGUUUUGAAGAAGUGCAAAUAGGGAUGGAAAAGAGUGCGGAAGAGAGGUCUUGUAUGAAGAUUUAAGAGUUAUUUGGAUAGCCAAGGAUGACUUGCCUAAAUCCAUGAAAAUAUAAGGUUGUUGAUUGUAUUUAAUACAUUUAACAAUCUUUUAAGCGGUUUUCUAGGAAGUCGUCUUUGGCUCAUUUGAAACACUCUUAUCUUUCAUGCUAGACAUCUUCUUCCAUCAGUGUCUUCCCAUCUUGAACUACCUUAUAUGUCACAAAUGUCAAAGGUAUGUUCAUUUGUUCUUUUGAUUUUUCUAGUCUUUUGUUAUUCUAUGAGAUCUAUUCCCUGAAACCCAUAUAGGGCAAUAUAUUUCUUUCAAUAAGUAUUGUCUUAAUAAAUGAUAUUUUUAAUAUUUUUUUUUUGAUAAAACGACAACACUUUUGAUAGAAACAAAAAGAAAAAUGCGUGCAUUUUUCCUUAAAAAAAUUUAUCUUAUAUUUUAUCUAGCAAGUCAUUCUCAAAGGAAACAGUAGCGACUUAAGUUAUCUCAUUCAGAUUCAUCAAGACAAAAAAGUAAAAAUCUUACUUUGUGAAUAACCAUAUAGCAUGGUUUGAUUAGCCAUAUAAAAAAGAUAACAUGAAGAGCAUUGUAGGAUAUUUCUUCUUUUGCAAAAGGGUCUAUGAUUAUCCUCACAAUAAAAAGAAAAUGAAUGAUAUGCACCAUCACCAAUAUUCCAUUUGAUUUCCUUGGGCUUAGGUGACAAGUGGAUUUUAUGUUCUUUUUUUAUGUCGGUAACCUUGUUUUCUUAUUCGUGCUUCAAUAGUUUCCUAGCAAUAAAUUAUUUAUAUAAUUUUUAAAAAUACAAUCAUAUGGCUUUCAAGUCUAAGUCUAACAUAAUCAGGCCCACAUUUGGUCCCCACCUAUGAUAAUUUCUUAUAAGUGAGUUAUCCUCAACAUAGAACUGUGAAAAUAUGUUUGGUUUUCGUGAAGAAGACAUUUUAAUUUGUUGACAUAAGGUGCCAUGUUCUACUUAAAAUAAUAUUCAACAUAUAAAUUAACUAUAUCCUAAGCAUAUUAAAUGAAUUAAUUGUUACAUUUAUUUUAAAUAUGGAUUGCAAUAUUUAUUUUUAAAAGGUAAAUCGAUUGAGAAUUUAGUAUUGAUGAUGUUAAAGUACAUAUAUGUCAUCAUAAGAUAAUGCAACCUAACAUACUACAAAAACUCUAAUGUAUAUGAUGAAUCAUUUGAUGAAUAAGAAUGCUUUAAUAUUAUUCAUAUAUAUUUUUUUGCUUUCUUUUUAAUUAGUAUUGUUCUUAGAAAUCGAAGAUAUUAUAAUAAUUUUUAUUUUAUUCAUUACCAAACAAGAAGUUGUUUUGUCCAAGUCUAGCUCCAAUGUGAAACACAUACCUAUCACAAUCACUAUAUACAAUGUUGAAACCACGUAAGUUUUAGAUCUCUUUUGAUUCUAUAAAGUAGAAACUUCUCACACUCAUAACUAAAAUUGCACCCAUAAAUAUAUUGCCUAUCAUUUUUCUAGUCCAAGAUAUAUUCUAUAUCUAGAAACUAACUUUUAUACUUGUCAUAUGUUUAUUUGCACAAAUUGUAAUUUAUCAAAUAGUUUUGUUCUUUCAUUGUGAUUUAUAAAAGGGCCUUUUAUGUUUUCUUUUAUUUAAAACACCCCCAUGGAGUGUUACACUAUGUUUGUUCUAUGUUUGUUUUGUGAUCUUUAUAAUCAUCAGACAACCUUUUAUUAAUUUAUUUGGCGAACUUACUUGCACACCAUGGAAGGAGAAGCGUGAAGAGACUGAAUUUAGUUAUUGGAGUCAGCAUAUUAUAUGUUAGCGGUGAUCGCGGUGCGGUUCGAUGCAGUUAUUAGCUAAAACCUCACCACUAACCGCAAAUGCGGUUAAUCCAUUUUCAAAACCGCAUGGUGCGGUUAUUUUUGCGGUGCGGUUAGGUGGUUAUUUUUGCGGUGCAGUUUUGUUUUUUCUAUGUUGCGGUUAUUAACCGCAUGGAUUUGGUGCGGUUAUUUUGUGUGGUUUUUAACCACACUUUAGAGCUCAAAUGGUUUUAAAAGUUCAAACAUAUUACUUGUAAUAAUAAAAAAAAACCAUAAAAUAUAAGACACUUAACUUAAAUCACAAACAACUAAUAUCUUAAAAACGUCAAAUCAAUAGUAAUUAACAAGAAAUAUCUUAAAAUUGUCUAAUUUCACCAUUUUUCAAAGUUAAAAAUAACAAAACACCAAUACUUUGGUCUUCUAGUAUUUUAUCCAUCUUUCAUCCAUGAAACUUGUGUUAUUUUUAAUAGUUAAUAUAUUAAUAAUUAAUUAAAAAAAUUAUAUAUAAUAUAUGCGGUGCAGUUUUUUGCAGUUUUUAAAAACUAAUAACCACACCGCAUCGUAAAUUUGCGGUUUUUGAAAAACAAAAAACCUCACCAUCGGUUUUAAUUGCGGUUGCAGUUUAUACGGUUAAUUUUAGUUGCGGUGCGAUUUUUGCUCACCCCUAAUAAUAUAUGUUAAUUAUAAUACUGUAAUGGGGCGUACAUAUAAUUAAAACUGAAACGGCCGCUGCACAUGGCCCAAACUAUAUGAGCAUCAAAAUAUCAAACUAUAUAAGUACAUGGCUCAAACUAUAUAAGCAUCAAAAUAUCAAAUUCAAGUUGAAAUUGAAACUCGCAAAUAGAACGGAAAAAUAUACCGAAGCCAAAGGAUUCAAUCGCUACCGGUAAUUGGAUUUUCAGCCGUUCCAGAGCCGCCUCGUUGCCGGCGUCGGCGGUUCGUUUCUCCAAUUUGCAGUCACUCAGUUUAUUGAUAGUGCUGAUAGGAUUUUUACAUUCUUCGUUAGAUUGACAAGAAGGAGACCGGAGAUCCAAUCUUGAACAUGAUUACAAUUCCAUAUUUGACCGCGCUGACCACCUAUUUCAGUUACGGUUUGCUCUUCGCUUUUGGCCAGUUGCACGACUUCUUCCGUAGAUUCAUUGAUUGGUGGAAAGCCAGCAAUCUUCAGGACUAUGCACCGAUCUGUUUAGGGCUUGAAGAUUUCUAUAUUCGCCGCCUCUAUCUCCGUAUACAGGAUUGCUUUGGACGACCAAUAUCAAGCCCUCCUGAUGCUUGGUUUGAUGUGGUGGAGCGUGUUUCUAAUGACAAUAACAAGACACUCAAACGAACUACAAAAGUAAGUAGGUGUCUUUACUUGGGAUCAUACAACUACCUUGGAUUUGCUGCAGCAGAUGAAUACUGCACACCUCGUGUGACUGAGACUUUGAAGAGAUACUCUGCAAGCACAUGUAGUACUCGUGUGGAAGGAGGAACUACAGCAUUGCAUAUUGAAUUGGAGGAUGUUGUGGCUGAUUUUGUUGGAAAACCAGUUGCUAUGGUUACUGGCAUGGGAUAUGUCACUAACUCUGCUAUCCUUCCUGUAUUGGUUAGACAUGGAGGUUUGAUAAUCAGUGAUUCACUCAACCACAAUUCCAUUGCCAAUCGAGCUCGAGGGUCUGGUGCCACCAUUCGAGUCUUUCAACAUAACAAUGAGGCACACAGUAUAGGAGCAAUAGGCAAAACAGGAAAAGGUGGGUGUGAGCUUUUAGGUGUAGACACUGCUGACGUGGACAUCAUGAUGGGAACUUUCACAAAAUCAUUUGGAUCAUGUGGUGGUUAUAUAGCUGGAUCAAAGGAACUUAUUAAAUAUUUAAAGUAUACGUGUUCUGCUCAUUUAUAUGCCAUGUCAAUAUCACCUCCUGCUGCUCAACAGAUUAUAUCUGCCAUCAAAGUUAUUCUUGGGGAGGAUGGCUCUAGUCGAGGUCACCAUUUUUUUAUUAUCUUUUUUUUUUUUAAUCAUAUAUGGCUGAAUGAUUAUUUUAUUUUGUUAAAUUUAAGGGCGAAAAAGCUAGCACAAAUACGUGAAAACAAUAAUUAUUUUAGGUCUGAGCUACAAAAAAUGGGGUUUGAGGUUUUAGAGGAUACUGAAGGUUGCGGUUGUGACAGUUGUGUUUCCAGCCACACCUCUACUGUUGGCUAGAGCGCGUAUUUGUAUUUCGGCUGCUCAUACAAGGGAAGAUAUGGUCAAAGCAUUAGAGGUGAUAAGCAGAGUAGGGGACAUGGUGGGAAUAAAAUAUUUUCCAGCUGAACCAAAGAAGACACAACCGGAGGAAGGAACAAAAAAGAUAGAUUAAUUAAAACAUUAAUUUUUCAACACUAGAGAUAAUUAAUUGUUUUUGCUGACGUGAUGACGUGUUUAGAGACAGUUUUGUACAGAUGCAAGCUGAAAUGUCACCUAAUGUUGUAAAAUCAGGAUCGAUUUUAAGGCUAACUCAAUUUAUGUGAUGUGAAUACGGACUUGACGUGUAUUCAUAUGAUUUUGGAUAUUUUGUUGCGUAUUUUUCCUUUAGACUAAAAGUAAAUAUUUGUAGAUUUUAUCAUUUUUGUUGUACAAUCUCUAUUUGUAUAUGAU